ACUCGGUUAAAUCCUAACUGUCUCCUUCCUCCCUAUAUAAGUGCACUUCAUAGGUUACGACGUGAUGGCACUUUUGGGCAGAAUGAAGGGCACUAGGUGUGGAUUUGGAUUUUUUUCUACCGAUUCAUGUGAAUACUGUUUGGUGGAUGAGUGGAUGGUGAGCGGUGAAUAAAUAUGGCUGUUUACCGGUGAGAACUCGCCUCGUAUUAGAGAUCAAGUGCAAUUGAGUGUUAGCUUGUUCUGAAAUGUCACGUUAAAUCUUCCUUAGCUAGCCGAUUUAGUGUGAACGACCUGUCAGAAUGCACAGCGUGAAGUCCACGUGCUUUGGCUUGCUCGCUUCCAGGCAGCUGUUCAGCCAAAAUACUUUCAUUUCCGGUUUUGGCCGUGGUGCGGUUUGUGUGCAGGAUUUAUUCUGUAGUAUUGGUGGAUGCAGGACAUCGUCGGCGACGUCUGAGCCGGUGAUAAUCCGCGUCCCGAGGCGCCUGCAGAACCGCUUGGACAGCGUGAAGCAGGUGAAACGCAAAACCCUUGCUCAGGUGGCCACUGUAAAAGCUGGUAGGCUUCUGAUAAAGAGCAAAAACCCCACGCUGAAUCAGUCUGUCAGUUACACCCUGGGCAAGUUUGAAGAGCCAGUUCUCACGUCAAAGGGAUGGAAUAAUAACAAAUCAUUCGGGGACUACUUUAUCAUCAACAGCACCCAGAGUGCUCCUCCGUUCCUCCCUGAGUUGAAAGAGGAGAAUAAACAGGAUGGAAGUGAACACAGAAGAACCUUCAGUCAUCUCCGUCUUUCCCCACAGCUGGUUGAGAUACUGCAGAUUCACAAUAUCGUUCAUCCUACGAUUGUGCAGUUGCAGACCAUACCCAAACUGCUCCGGGGUCACAACAUCCUGUGUGCUGCUGAGACAGGCAGCGGGAAAACGCUCGCCUAUCUUCUGCCCAUUAUCCAAAAAUUGCAUGCGGAGAUGCCUCAGAUGGAGUACGGGUCAGAACAAAAGACACAAGCGGUGGUUCUCGUGCCUUCGAGAGAGCUAGCUGAGCAGGUGACCUCAGUGGCCAGGACUAUGAGCCAACCAUUCGGGUUCAAGGUUAAAGUCGUAGGUGGAGGAAGAGGAGUCGGGAGCAUCAAAGCAGCUUUUAGCUAUGGUCAGCCUCACGUUCUGGUUGCUACACCUGGCGCUUUGCUCAAGGCGCUCUGGAGACGCUUUUUGGAUUUGAGUGCACUGCGGUUUAUGGUAAUAGACGAGGCGGAUACAAUGUUUGACCCCAGCUUUGUAGACAUGCUCGAGAAGAUCCUUCGGCAAACCCAGAUCGCUGCAAACCCCUCAGAGAUAACUGGACAUCCUCGAAAAGCACAGCUGGUGGUUGUGGGUGCUACUUUCCCUGGAGGGGUUGGCGAGCUACUGGGUAAAAUGACUGACCUGGGGAACCUGCUGACGGUUAAGAGCCGGAUGUUACAUUAUUUAAUGCCACAUGUCAAGCAGACCUUCAUAAAAGUAAGAGGCACUGAGAAGGUUCUGGAGCUUCAUCAAGCCUUGAAGGAGGCGGAGCCUGAACGGAAAGGUGUUUUGGUGUUCUGCAAUUCGGCUGCCACUGUUAACUGGCUUGGUUACACACUGGAAGAGAUGGGCUUUCGUCAUGUACGUCUUCAGGGAGAAAUGCCUGCCUCGAUGAGGGAAGGAAUCUUUCAGAGCUUCCAGAAAGGCCAUGUAGAUGUUUUGGUUUGUACCGAUAUCGCUUCCAGAGGACUCGACACGCAUAGAGUGGGGUUGGUCAUUAAUUAUGACUUCCCAGAGUCCCAUACAGACUACAUCCACCGAGCAGGCCGUGUAGGCAGGGCAGGUUCCCCAGGUGGUGGACAUGUUCUGAGUUUCAUCACUCAUCCCUGGGAUGUGGAGUUGGUGCAGAGCAUCGAGACAGCAGCCAGGAGACGAAUGUGUUUACCAGGAAUGGAGACAGAGAUUCGGAAUCCAGUCAAAACAUUACCCCAGGAAAGCAAAUGAUCUCAAAAUAACUAAUUUCUACUGCAUUUGAUAGGUAAAAUGUGUAAUAUAUUGGAGUGCAGAUGCACCACUAUAAUUCUGCUGGGUUAUGAGAAUAAUAUACCUCUUGUAAAGUGAAUGCAUAAAAAUGUAUUUCAAGAUGUUGAAAAAAAAGGCACUGAUCUGUUUUGUAACAGGCAGAUGGAAAAGAUCUUUCUAAUGCAGUCUCCAAAUCACAGUAUACUACUCUCAUUUAUGCUCAUUUAUUUCAAAUGUUAAUCGUACAUAAUGAAACAUCUCAAAUGCAGCAAAUGUUUUGUGGCUAGAAAUGUAAUUCUUCUGCCUGUAAUGUAAAGGGUGUACAAACGUUUGCACAUAAUUAUAUUUAGCAAAUGUGCUUUGUAAUAUUUAGAUGAAUAAGAAUUACAGAUUUUUUUAAAUUUUUUAUUUAAUUUUUUUACACAAGUUGAAUAAAAAAAGUGAAAUGAUUGUGAUAGAACA